AAUAAUCUCUUUUUAUUUAGCACCUUUGGAUAACUUUGGGAGUCCAAAUGAAUGUAGAAGAGUGCUUAUUCACCACCACAAAAGCUUCGGGAGCAAAAUAGUAUCAGGGUGAAAAGGUUGACAGAACGCCGGCAGUGAACACGUGUGUAAAUGUAGGGGGGGUCAAGUCAUCAGCCAUUCAAACUUGCGUUUGAGGUUGGGAAAAUGGACUAGCACAUUCAGCAAGUGAAGCGGGGUCAAUGUUUUCUGAAAACCGAAAUGGGAAAACCAGAUUUCCUGUCACCCAAGGCGAUAAGCAACCGGAUCAAAUCCAAAGGCCUUCAGAAGUUGAGGUGGUAUUGUCAGAUGUGUCAAAAACAAUGUCGAGAUGAGAAUGGCUUUAAGUGUCACUGCAUGUCCGAGUCUCAUCAGCGGCAAUUGCUGCUAGCCGCGGAGUGUCCCAGAAAGUUUAUGGACCACUUCUCCAGUGAAUUUAAAAGUGGCUUUCUAGAACUGCUCCGGCGACGUUUUGGGACCAAGCGUGUGCACAACAACAUUGUGUACAAUGAGUACAUCAGCGACCGCGAACACAUCCACAUGAACGCCACGCGUUGGGAGACGCUCACCGUCUUCACCAAGUGGCUUGGCCGACAAGGUCUUUGCAAGGUGGACGAGACGCCGAAAGGCUGGUAUAUCCAGUAUAUCGACCGUGACCCCGAGACCAUCCGCCGGCAGGAGGAGCUGGCCAAGAGGAAGAAGCAUGAGCUGGACGACGAGGAGCGCAGCGCCAAGUUCAUCGAGGAGCAGGUCCGCAGAGGGCGCGGUGGCAAGGAAGAAGAAGAAGAUCCGGUUUACACCGAGCUGAAGCGAGACAACGAAGAAAAAGUUACUUUCAACUUGGGUGCCGGUGCAUCACUGGCUGGUCCUUCCACAUCAAGCGCCGUCCUGGUUCCCAGCGCUCUCGCAAAACCGUCGUCUGCGAAGAGGAAAGAACCGUCCUCCGUUUUGGACACACGAGACAAAAAGAAAAAGUCUGCACUGGAGCAGAUCAUCGAGAUGGAGGAGAGGAAAAAGCAGCAGCAGCAGCCGGUCAGGACAGACCAUUGGCUGCGGCCCAACAUCGUCGUCAAGGUGAUCACCAAGAGGCUAGGUGACAAGUACCACAAAAAGAAGGCUGUCGUCAUGGAAGUCAGAGAGAAAUUUACAGCGGUGGUGAAGAUGAUCGACUCUGGCGACAAGCUUAAACUGGAUCAGAACCACGUGGAGACGGUGAUACCUGCGCCAGGAAAAUACGUGAUGAUCGUGAACGGAAACUUCCGCGACACCGAGGCCGUGCUGGAGGGCAUCGACGAGAAGAACUUUUGCGCUUCGCUCACGCUCGAUUCAGGUCCACACAAAGGAAAGCGCGUGGACGUCGCCUACGAGGAUUUUUCUAAACGGGCUUGAACAUUUUAAAUUUUCUUUAUGCUUUGAGGAGUUCUACUAUGUCAGAGUUCUUGACUCUAAAAACUUUACAUUUGACUUCCAACAAAUGCAACGUAAUGGAGCGAAUAAAAUUAUAUUCAGUCCGUUUUUUGUCUAUUUUGUUAGUUAUUGCAGAGGUUGUGCACGGACCAACGGUAGAUGUUAGAGCCGUGUCGUUUGUCUCGUCUGUCGUCCUUCUGCCGGCCCCUGGUGAGCACAACCAGCAGGUGGUAAAAAUGAAUCUCUUACAGUUGUCUCAUUGUAAGGGGUGGGGGGUGAAGGUGACUUGCAGCUUUACCAUGGAGGUGAAGGGCAACAUCAGCACCUUCGUGUAUGUUUGAAAAUAUACGCUUCAGGUCUUUGGGAGAAGGGACCUGCAGUAAGGGACCACACCCAACUUUGAAAGUCAAACAAUAUAUCUGUGCAUUUGUUUUGUUAAUAACCUGAGCAGACAAUAAAUUUUUGUGAGCAUUGCAAAUUUU